GAAGCUGUUCAUAUGAAUUGAAAUUUUCGUGGACUUUUUAUUUUAUUUGCAAAAGGCAAAGUGCGACCCAUCUCUUAACUUUUUCUGUGUUCUUCUUUUCAUAUGAAUAUGAAUAUGAAUUAUACUCAUCAAAGUCUCUAGAGUUGGCAAGGUUCACUUGGCUUAGCUACCUUCUUCUCAUGGAGUGUCAUGAAUUGCGUUUGCUGAAAUUCUUUCAUUAUUAUUACCAAAGUCAACACUAACAGUGGAAGUGUUCUUGAUUCUUCUAUAUUGAACUGAACUGCUUUCUGGUUUAAUUCUUAGUUUUGGCCAAAUUUUCGAGAGCGCUUUCGUUGCAAGUUUGUUUCAAUAUGGCUCAGAAAAUGGAAAUUGUGAGCACUUCUGGUCAUCAUUGAUUGUGACAGCACGGCUCUGUACAUAUACUUUGUAUUAGUUUUGUGUUGGAGGAGACAAGCUAUGGUUAUUGUGAUGCUCAUCAAUACGAUAGGACCAUUGAUCAAAACAAGAGAGGGUUUGAGGAUUGAACAAGCGGGUAGAGGUUCAUACAGAGGAAGCUAGGUGUGUGUGUGUGUUUUCCAAGUUGUUAUAUUGGUUUGUGUUUCUUAUUUGUUUUGCCAAUUCGUCGAAGAAGAUGGAAGCCACUUCCAUAAGGCAGCUUUUGAAGGGCUUUUGUGAUAAUAUGCAAUGGAAAUAUGGUGUCUUUUGGAAGCUCAACGACUGUUUUCCAUUGACUUUGACCUGGGAAACUGGUUAUGAGAAAAGAAAUGAGGCUAUGGAAAGCAUGUGGAGUGACAUCAAUUUAAAAUCCCCAGUUGAAGUACAUUCUUCAGGAGAUUGUUCAGCUCAACUUUUCAUGAUUGAAAUGUGUAAUCGUAAAUACAGAUUGGGAGAAGGAAUUAUUGGCAAAAUACCUCUUGCCAGGGAUCACUUUUGGGUUUUAUGUGAGGAUAUUCUGACCAAUAAAUUUGACACUGAUUUAAUCUCUGAGUGUCCUGAUGAGUGGCUUCUCCAAUUUGCGUCUGGCAUCAAGACUAUUGUGCUGGUACCAGUUCUUCCACAAGGGGUUUUGCAAUUUGGUUCAUUUGAAGCGGUUGCUGAAGACAUAGAAUUUGUUACCAAUAUUACGAAGCAAUUCCACUCCAUUCAUUGUCUGGAAGCAAAUACUAACUCAGGAAUUGAUUUUCAAGAUUGGUCAUUCUCUGCCCUAUCACAUGAUUUGAUCGAUAGCCUAGAUGAAUCAUCUUCGUAUACAAAUACUAUACUGAAUGGUGAAGUCUCAGCCAGUGCUUCCCUCAAUGCAAAUGAACCAACAAGGCUGCAUCCAACAAUGCUAUCAUUUAUUCAGGAUGACCGCUGCAUGUUGAGAGAAAACCAACUCAAAUCUCUGAAGAGGUCAAAUGAAAAUGAGAUAUUUUCGUCAUCAAUUGAGAUGUCAACUGAUCCACGACAUAUUGGUCACGUGGAGAGAAAACCAAACCAUAAAGAUGAGAUAUGGGCGCAGACUCACUUGGUACAAACUGCGGGAGCGUUUGGAGAGAUUUCCAAUGGAUUGAAUUCUUACCCUGGUAAAAAUAUGACAGAGCAACAAUUUGGAGGCAUGGAAACUGGUCAUGAUGAUAUUGAGAAUGUGAAUGACUUCUUCACUUUUCCCUCAGAGUGUGAAUUGCACAAAGCACAUCAAUCCGUUUCAUAUGACAAGACAGGCAAAUCAGUGCAAAAAUAUAUCUCUGUUGAUGGUUCAUGCAGCAGCUCAACUUUAAUAUCGAUUGUAAAAGAGCAUGAUCAUGAUAAAGGUUUGGAGUUUCCUGAAGAAGUAGAUCCAGAAUAUCUUCUGGAUGCUGUUUUUGGCAAUUUAUGCAGCGCCUCUGAUGAUACUACAAGUAUAUCCAACAGUGUUAGGUCUCUUGUAACCAUGCCAAUAGAGUUCACUGGUUCCAUUCAGCCAAAAUUUGAUCCUGAAUCUAGCAGUUUGGUUGUGAAUAAUUCAGAUGGGAGGAGUGAUCUUAUACCUAGGAUCAAGAGUAAAGAUGAAAUUGCUAAGCAUUUAACAUCACCAUCUUUUGUUGGAAAUUCAAGCUUAUUAAUGAUUGAUGAGACACGUAAGGAAAAGGUUAACAGUCAUAGGCAACCUAUUAGUGUACCAAAAAACUCUAGUACAACCAAAAAAAGAGCAAGAGUCGAUAAUAACCGAAAGCCAAGACCAAGAGAUAGACAGAUGAUCAUGGACAGGAUGAAGGAGUUGAGGGAACUUAUCCCUGAUGGUGGUAGGUGUAGCAUUGACAACCUCUUGGAACGGACCAUAAAACACAUGAUGUACUUGAGAAAGAUAACAAGCCAGGCUGAGAAACUGAAACGAUUUGCAGAUCAAGAGGUUCCUAAGUGGAAAAAACAGAAAAUCAAUGGCAGUUAUCCAGGAAGGAGCUGUGCAUUUGAUUUUGAAAGUGAACUAGCAUGGCCCAUAGUUAUAGAGGAUCUAGAAUGCACUGGUCACAUGCUCAUAGAGAUGGUAUGCAAUGAGCAUGGACUUUUCUUGGAGAUUGUUCAGGUGAUCCGGAAGCUGGACAUUACUAUCAUGAAAGGGAUUUUAGAAAACCGUUCAAACACCAGCUGGGCUUGUUUCAUCAUUGAGGUUCCAAGAGGUUUUCACAGGAUGGAUGUUUUAUGUCCUUUAUUGCAUCUGCUGCAGCUUAGAGGAAACCCUGUCUCUGAAAGCUGACACUUUCAUUCUUAUAUCAAGUAAAAUGUAGCAUGUCUUCAGUUUCCAAUGACUAGUUCUGUUUUAUCCACUAGAAUAUUACAAUAUUUAGGAGCAACUUCUGUUUAAUAUUACAUAUGAUUGGGUUUGUGUGCUUACUUUUAAUGGUUGGUUUUCUUGUAUUGGAAAGCUAAAUUUCUCGUG